GAAGGGGAAAUCUUAAUUAUGUCAAAGCGAGAGGCCAAGCACGAUGACGAUUCCGGCAAGGACGACAGCGACGAAGACAUUUCCGACAGCGGGAGCGAGGCGGACGAGGAUUCGAGCGAAGAAGACAUGUCCGAGUCGGAGGACGACCGCAAGGGCAAUCCCAAAGCUGCCGGUGCUAAAGCGUUUGAUGGUGUCAAGGCCGGAGGGUCACAACGCUCCUUAACGAACCAACCGUUCGACGAAGCGGUGGAUUUGAGCGAGUCGGAGGGCAGCAUCUUGUCCGAAGACCCGAACUCGCCCAAGAAGCCGGCGGGGGCAGGACGAGCUCUGAAGAAUCAACUGUUCGACGAAGCACUUGAGUUGUCGGAGAGUGUUCAAGAGGUGGAAAGCCCGCAGAAAACAACAAUGGACAAACCUGCGAGUGUGUCUAUGGAAGCUGGAGCUAAGAGUAGUCUCCCUAACGUUACCUCGACCCUAGUGGGUAACGAGACGAAGAACAAACCGUUCGAUGAAGAAGUGGAUCUGAGUGACUCGGGCGAUAGCAUCGACACCAACGGCCAGCCGAGUCCCAAAGCUCGACAAGACUCGAAGGAAAGUCGUCAGCCGCCACCACAAAUCGAGGCCAAGAAAACCACGGCGGAAACCCCGACUCCAGCGCUAAAACCUGCAGUUGCAGCACCUGAGAAACGUCCUGAGCCGGUACGGAAACCAGCACAGGAGUCAGCCAGUUCCUCUGAUGAGUCGGAUAGCGACGACGAUGACGAUGAGGAGGACGACGACGAUGAAGGAGACGAGUCGCAGUCAACUUCUCAUGUGGCUUCAGCUGCAGCUCCUCAUACAGGCAACACCGACACGACUGCGAGUAGCGGAAGCUCCAACCACGCAGCGAUGAUGGCCAACGCAGGUGGAUACAAGGAGAGUGACUAUGCGCACUUGAAGGUCUCGCACGAGAUUCGAGAACUCUUCCAGUACAUUGGACGCUUCAAGGCGCAGGAGAUCGAGCUGGAGACGCGACUCAAGUGUUUCAUUCCAGAGUUUAUCCCAGCAGUGGGCGAUAUGGAUGCCUUCUUAAAGGUGCCGCGUCCGGAUGGUCAACCGGAUCAAUUGGGACUGAAGAUGCUGGACGAACCGAGUCUGACUCAAUCUGACGCCACAGUCCUGGACCUUCAGCUCCGCUCCACGUCCAAGAAGAAACACGGCGACAUCGUCGUCCGAAGCAUCGAGAACGCAGAAAAAUCUCCUCGAGAAAUCGACCGCUGGAUCAAAUCCAUCGCCGACUUGCAUCGCACCAAACCGCCGCCUCAAGUUCACUACACGAAGACAAUGCCCGACAUCGAGAGUCUCAUGCAGGUGUGGCCAGAAGAGUUCGAGGAACUUCUGGGUAAGACGACGCUGCCUGGUGCAGAUCUGGACAUGGGACUCGAGCAAUACGUGCGAGUCAUCUGCGCUCUGCUCGAUAUUCCAGUGCACAAGAACGUCUACGAGUCGCUGCACGUGCUCUUCACCCUGUACCUUGAGUUCAGUAGUAACCAGCAUUUUAUGCCUCUAUUGUAA